AUGGGUUCUUACGAGGGAAAUUCAAGAAAUAAAAUCAAGGAUGAAGUAACGCCAGUACAUGUUCAUCUUUUCACAAGAUUAAGCAAUAUAAAUGUAACCAAAUUAUCAAAAGAUGAUCCAUUAUGUAUCGGAAUCAUUGAUCUUAGUUCUGAUAAAUAUAUUAUUUCAGAAAAUAAUUUUAAAUCUCUUAUUGGAAAGAAAGCUGAUAUAAAAAAUCUAGGUAAAGAUGUUACAGUAAAAAACGUUUGCUAUGAUUUUAUACCAAAAAGAAACGAGGUUCAAAAAUUGAAGAAAUUCGUGUUGUCCUCAAGGGAAACUGUGACACAUGAUCAAUGGGUUGAAGCUGAUCAUGUUAGCGGACACAUAGCAAGCGGAAUUACUGAUGUCCUUUUGCAAGAAAUUAAACUAAAUGCGCUUCAAAGAGUUUCCGAAAACACAUUCGUGGAGAUCAUCUCUCAUUUAUUGAUAUGA